AUGGGGAACUGUUGUUCUUUCAAGAGAGGACGUCUAAAUGGCGAGAUAGACCCAGAGAGUGGUCUCCAACAACAACAACAACUAAAGAUUCUUAAAGAGGACCCCGAUGCACGUGGCGCUGGUGGCGCUGCCGGUGCCGCUGGCGGAGGCCCAUCUAAGCAUCACCAGUCGUCCGGCACCGAAAUGAAGCCAAUGAACGAUGCAUUGAGACGAACCAACGCCCACAAACAUCAUCCAAAGAGCUCCAUUGCCAACGCCGACUUCUCACUUACUGCGCCUGACGCAGACCAUCACUCGCAUCAUCAUCACCAUCACUCAUCGACCGAUCACCAUCUCUACUACACAUCAAAAUCCAGUCCAACCAAGACACAUCAGCGACAAGUGUCAACGGAGCGAGCGGGCCUUGGACCACAGUUCAAGACGCCACACUCGGCCAUCCCACCACACAUGCGCAACGAGGGCUUCCAACGAAUGAAGCACAACUCGACGUCAUCACUAUACAUCAAGAGUACAUUGUCAACGCCCGACAAUGAUGAGAUACUAAGGUGUAUGGCCAAUGCACUACUGUACCAUAUUGAGAGAGGAAUACAAACACCUCAGAAGAACUAUGAGAUAUUUAGCGAGGAGAAGUAUCCAAUCACUAAAGGAAAGCUGGACUUGAAGACGACUCCAACAGUUGAUACUAUAUAUAGAUUUAUUAGAGAUAUAUUCAAGGCAGAGAGAUUGGAUCCUGAAUGUGGUAUAAUGUGUUUAGCAUAUGUAGAAAGAAUAAUUACCUUCUCUGGAGUAACCAUCAACACAACCAAUUGGCGAAGAAUUGUAUUGUCUGCUCUGAUCCUCGCUUCCAAGGUUUGGGAGGACCAAUCAGUUUGGAAUGUUGACUUCCUGCCAGUGUUUGAUAACCUGACUGCCGCUGACCUGAACAACCUGGAAAGACAAUUCCUGUCACUCAUCCAGUACAAUGUCAGUUUGACUGCGAGCAUAUAUGCAAAGUACUACUUUGAGCUGAGAACGUUCUCAAAGCUGGACUCGUCACAUUUCCCUCUCAACCCAUUGGAUAAGCUGGGCGCCAGACGUCUAGAGGACCACUCGCUGGCCUCAGAGAACAGAGUCAAGAAGUUCAAGCGCAGUGCGAGUGUUGACCAAAUCAACUCAUCCGAGCCACAUACUAGCCGUGCUGUAUUGAACUAG